UUGGCAACGUUUUCCCAGAAGACUGGUUUACGUCAUGAUUUGGGACUUUGCUCUUGAGAGUCGCUUAGAGGAGUGGGGUUUGCGUUAUUCAAAAACACCGUCAGCAAACCUCAUCCACCUGCAGUGUUAAAAUUAUUUUAGAGCGAGAGAUAAGUUGAACGUCCGAUAGCUUAAGUGGUGACAGGUAGAAUAUAUUCCUAAAAUUAAAGAACCUGUAGACCUUCGACAAAAUAUUAGGAAUUAAGGAGCUUGUAGCUGUUCGGAAAAGCAAAAAGAGGCGCACAAAUCGGUCUUUUUGAAGUCGGGAUCCGGGGCUUUGAAAGCGCGCUUCUUUCAGUUGUCACAAUGGAAUCAAUCUCAGCGGAGCGGUAUCUCUAGUAUUCGGUAGAUUCAUAGUGGGUCCGCGGUUAUGCUUUCCAACAUGUGUUCCCGUUCACGUUAACAUCGAUCUCCGGUGUUCUUUGCCUCUGGACAGAAGUCUGGCUUGAUACUAUUCGAGAAUGCCCGCGCGGAACAGGUACAACCUGGUGGAUGAUGUGGCGGACUCGCGAGUCCCCCUUCAUAACGAAGAGGCAUACCAGCACGGGAUAAAUUUUCAAGCCAAGUAUGUGGGAAGUCUGGACGUGCCCAGGCCCAAUAGUCGGAUGGAGAUUGUGGCGGCCAUGAGGAGAAUCAGGUAUGAGUUCAAGGCCAAGAACAUCAAGAAGAAGAAAGUCAGCAUCAUCGUGUCGGUGGACGGAGUCAAGGUGGUUCUCAGGAAGAAACAGAAGAGGAAAGAGUGGACCUGGGACGAGAGCAAGAUGCUGGUGAUGCAGGACCCCAUCUACAGGAUUUUUUACGUAUCGCACGAUUCCCAGGACCUGAAGAUAUUCAGCUACAUUGCCAGAGACGGUUCCAGCAACUCGUUCAGGUGCAACGUCUUCAAAUCCAAGAAGAAAACUCAAGCCAUGCGUAUAGUGAGGACGGUCGGCCAAGCGUUCGAGGUGUGUCACAAGAUAAGUCUGCAGUACGCCCAGCAGGACGACAAUGGACAGGCGGACGGAGAGAGCGACAAGUCCUCAGAGGAGACUGCCACGGAGGGUUGUCAGCUGACAGGAGCUGAGCGUGAAGAGGAGGGGGCCGUGGUGGCGGCGGAGCCCCCGGCAGGAGGGGCGCUGUGUGAGCAGGCAGUCAACGAGAUCCUCCAGAGCCUGGCAGAACUGAAUGUGGUCAAACCUGGACAAACCAUCAGGGACUUUGAGAGCGGCUCCCUGUACACGUUGACGUCCCAGGGCCUCUCUCCCAGAAGCCCCUGCGCUCCGUCCCUCGCCCCACGUGCCGCCCAGCACUACCUCCAGCUGCUCCAGCAGCAGCUCCAGCAACAGCAGCAACACACACAGGUGGCUGUGGCCCAGGUACAGCUCCUGAAGGAUCAGAUGGCUGCGGAGACGGCAGCCCGUAUGGAGGCCCAGGCCCGGGUCCACCAGCUGCUGCUCCAGAACCGGGACCUGCUCCAGCACCUGGCCCUGCUGGUCCAGCAGCUCAAAGAGCUGGAGACCCCGGAACUCAGACAGACCCAGGGCCUGGAGCAGGGGGAGCGUGGGCACACUCAGUCACAGAAUGGCCAGGAGUCACCAUGGAGCUCUGUUACCACGUCAACCAGAUCUUUGUCCCUGAACCUUAAGAACCACUACAACUCAGACCAGCCAAUCACCUCCACCCCCGCAGGCAUGUUCAGAAACACCCCUCUCCAGAUGGAUGGUGCCGAGUCCUACCUCAACCUCUUCAACCUGGAAAAUGGGACCAAACCGACUGGUGUUCAGAACGGGGGUGGGGAUGCCCUCAUCAGACCAGCCAAUGGGAGAGCUGGGAGCAAGGGCAGCUCAGAAGUGACCUCCAAUGAGGUGGUCCGGUUUGAAUCACGUAACUCCGGAGCUUUGGAUGAACGGUUCACUCAAAUCAUCCCCAAAUUGGAUCCCCCACCACCAGCACUGAACAGGAAGCGAGCAAGCAGAACCCUCUCUCCAGGGUCGGAGGUCACAGCCACGCCCCUGACAACACCCGUGGAGGCCCCCAGCCGGAGCAGCAGCCAAUCGUUUCCUGAUGGGACGCCGUGCUCGCUGUCUUCCGCCGACUUCCACUCCCUCAGCAACGGCGGCGAGGGCGGAGAGAGCAGCUCGUGCUCCACUAGCGAGGACUCUGGAGUCCGUUCUGACACCAAGUCUCUCCUCUCGCCCCUCCAUGACGAGGACGAAGACUUAUUUGGAGACCGCAGGACCUUCCUGACGGCCUCCAGCUGUUGUGGUAGCCCCUUAGAGGACGGGACGGAUCUGGCGCCCCUGUCCUCCUUUGGCCCGGUACCCCCAACCCCACUCACAUACUCUGACAGCAAUCAACACACACUGCCCUUCUCUUCCCCCGCCAACGAAACCUGUCUCCACAUUAGCUUCUCCGAGGAUGAGCUGCUGGACAGCAGCCCCGAGGACUCCAGCGUCCCCCAGCGGAGCUAGAAACAGCAGGUCGGGGAGCGUACCACAGCCCAGGCUUUAAUCUUGGCCUCUGAAGACUCAGCCAAUUGCAACACAUGAUAGACAUUACACUUUACAAUCAGCUCCAUAUGAGCGUCGAUAGCUCUGAGAAGCAAUAAUGUAGUUUGUAAGGCCCCAGGUGCACGAUGAGAUUUCAGGACAUUUGCUGAACUUACUCUGUCCACACGAGCCACACACGAGACAGACUUACACUGAAAGUACAUGCUCACAUUCACCGGAAAUCCGAAGAAAAUAAUACGUUGUAUAAAUUAUUGACAUAUAGAAAAAUCAUAGUAUUUUUAUAUAGAGAAGAAUGACCUGGGGUUUUUCAGUAGUUGAAGAAGGUCAGAUGGAGAUUCAAUGUAGCAGGUCUUGCACUGUUUAUGUAGCCAAGUGUCAAGGAGAGUUCACUACAUUAUUUUUGCUAGUUAGAGACUGAUGUUAUUUACAUGACGCACACACAUUGACAAGGUAUAUCAAUCGAGCGCAUUGUCAGUAUGUUGCGGUAGUAGUUGGGUGGGUGUAUGAUUUGCUGUUGAGGAAGCUGCUCUUUCUUGUGAUGGCCAUCAGAGCAUAGCAUAAAGAAUGGAAACAGGAUGUGAAAGAAAGGAAAGGGGAAGAGACAAAAACAUGACUGAGCUUAGCUGAACUUUGCUGUGAGCUUUUGUGUAUUGGCAUGCACAGUAUGGUGUGAGUGAAUGGACGUGUAUACAUGUGCACAGCCAAGUCAGAAAAGUUGAUUACGUAUGUGUAACGUACAGUGAUUUAACGAGUAACAAAACUUUGUUAACUUUGUCUUCUGGUUAGCAUUGCACAGUACUGUUUGAGUGGGUUUCAUCUUAGGAGAUAAACAUUGCCAUGAUUAAGGGUAUUUGAAAUUAUGAAACAGCUCCUUGUCUUUAAAUAAACAAAUGAGGAGUACGAGGGGGAGUGCGUGUUGGUGAGUGAAGUACUGUAGUUUUCAAGCAUAUUUGAGAAUAUGGAGAGCUCCUUGUCCGGAUCAGUACAAGAGGUUGAGGUUAAACUGGAGAUGGUAUACAUCAGAAUCAGAAAUCCAGUCUUUGUCCAGCAGCCAGAACAAUGAUAACCUAUAGAUGACAUUGCACAUCCUCUAAUGACAGUAUUUGCACAUGAAAGGGCAAGAACAUAGAUGUUUUCAAUUGCAUCCGUGACAGGGAGGAGUUGAAUUAUGAAGAGACCUCAGGUUUGUAAAGGAGAGCCACCCAGUCGCAGCAGAUAACAAAGAGAGAAGAUAAGGCUAAGGAUGAUGGCAGGCUGAGGAGAGAAGACAAACCACCGUUAAGGACCCUUAAGAUUCCUCCGUUAUUGUAGCCAGCUAGCAGACUAGGCUCUCGGGUGAGAGUGAGAUGGAGUAUGUUUGUUUAUUUGGAAGGUGGUAGAGUGAGUGAGUGUGUGAGUGAGAGAAAAAAAGAAGUGUGUCAACCCUACUAGCGAAAGGCCUUGGGACAUCACUUUUAUGCACAUUCAUUGUGUGUGUAUGUGUGUCUUCUUGCACUCCAAAAAAGAAAAUACAUUAUAAACCAGAAAGUGGCUCUGUAGACCAGAGAAAAAACAAGGGAAGAAAGGAGGUGAAGGUGAUAAUCAAGGAGGGUAAGGAGAGUGGGAGUGUUGCGAGAGGAGAGGUGGCAUGCUACAGGUGUUUACCACUGAUUGGUUCAUUAGAGAUGCAGUUGAAGGGAGGUAGUCACUGCAGUAAAAAGAGAGCAGCUUUCCUUAACAGCACAUAACAGAUGGUGAUGAGACACACAGCAAUAAUACUGUGAUGAAUUACAGAAAGAGCUUAAUAAAGUUGUAGGUGAUCAAGGCAUUCUUUCUCCUGAGUUUUUGAUUCUGUAUCUCUGGAUUUUUCUGAGUACGCCCACCUACUGUAUUUUUCAGAAAAUAAGACACAUUUUUUAUAAACCGCACCCCAUCAGAAUGGGAGCUUUGUGUUUGUAAAUCUGAGAAUAAACCGCACUGGAAUAUAUGCCGCACUUGAUACGGGAACGAUACCAAGCAGUGCACGAGUAUGCGAUCUUACAGCAUGCCGUUGUGUAACACACUUAGAAAACAAAAGUAAGUGCGUAAAGUAUGUUUUCUAUUUUCCCGGGAAUUAACUAAUAUAUGAAUUUAGACUCGUGAGUUAUAAAUAUUUCCGACGGUCCCCAAAGCAUAAGUUAUUUUUCCGAAACGGAAGCAAUGCUACUACCAUGCUAGUGUUACUUGUUAGCCUUCUCGUUAGUACACUUUGAAGCCAUACAUAAGCGUUUGUGGCAUAAUCUUUGUCCAUCUGAAAAUAUUCAGUUGGAAUGUUCGCAUAGGCAUAUGCGACUUACGCUGUGAGACCCGCAUUCAAACGAUCACAUAGGUACUAUGUGCGACGCUACUCCUAAACGGGUUAAAUGGCAUUCACGAAAAAAAAAAUUCUAAUGUUUGUUAUAAAAACGUGCAAGCCGCAUCGAAAUAAAAAUUAUUUAAAAUACCUAUAAAUCGCGGCUUUAUUUCCGAAAAAUACGGUAAUGGUCAGUAAUGCAGUAGGUGUGUGUCUCUCUCUUUCUCUCCCCUCUCUGGAGAGGUAGUCUCCAUCUGAGCCUGUUCAAUACCAGACAUCACCUGAUCUCAUCUGUCUGACAUUUAUGCUGCGGCACACUCAUUCUCAGUCCUGUAGAGAUUGACUCAAACACACAUGCAUUUAGAAUCCUGGGUUUCAAACCGUUUGUACAUAACUACAUCUAUACUCAAAACUUCAAAUCAAAAUGACAGUUUUGUUCUGGGUUAGUUUUGGGUGCUCACAAGCUAAAAAGAAUGCCCUUCGAGCCACAAGUCUUAUGGUUCACGCUCCUUGGAGUACUACAGCUACACCAGAAGAGUUUUCAGAUUAAUUAGAUCUACAGAGCUCCAUGACUGACACUGGUAAGUAGUCUUUACCGUAGAGAUCUACCAUCACUUUUCUGGGAAGGCUUUCCAAUAUACUUUGGAAUAUUAAUGCAGGAUUUGCUUCUACUCUGCCACAGGAAUCUGUGCAGGUCAGUUAAGUUUUUCCAAACCGGUCAAAGCAUUUCUGUAUAAAACUCGCUUUUUUCAUUGGAUUAUUAUCAAGCGAAUUCACAAUGUAGGCUGUUUUAAUAGUUUGGGGUUAGAGCCCUCUGUUCUGCAAGGUCUCAGUGUUUCCCUCACAUAAACAAAUUUGUGGCGGUGUGCCACAGAAUCAACACCGGCCGCCACAUAUUUUGUUUCGUAAAAAAAAUUGUUUAACACUAUUUAGGU